AUGAAUUCUAAAAAAUCUUCACCUAAAAUAAAUAAAGUAUUGCCGAUUGAAGAUCUUUCGUGGGCGCUCUAUGCCAUGUUCUUUGAGGGCCCAUAUAAUCAUUUUAAGAAGACAUUUGAUGCACGUACUGAUCUAUUGGUGAUGACACAUUCUACGUCACUUGUUCAUUUUUAUCAGUUGAGUGGCAUCUGCGUGUAUCAGGAUGAAAAGUACUUAAUCAAAUGGGCGGCAGAUAAUCCAAAUUCGGCAUAUGCAAGAGCUUUUCUGAUUACGGAGCCGGAAGUUAAAGUUGGUAUCAAUGCCCUUUCAAAAGUAGUGGGAUCACGUUAUCUUGACUUUGUGAGAGAAAACCUGCAAAAAAUCCAGAGAGGAAAAAAGGCUGAUAAGGAAUCCAAAGAACUACAAACCAAAACAGAGAAGAAUUCCACAAUCUUUUCAAACCUUUCAGAAACAAUAACUGAACGAGUCAGAGCCAUUGUAAAAGGUAGACCAAUAGAUACAGAAGAUAAGGUAAAACUAUACAUAAAUCUCGCGGAUAUGGGCAGAAAUCCGGACAUGUUCGAAGAGCCUGAGAGUAAGACUAGUUUUUCCAAAAAAGAAGAAGCUUCUAUUAAUUACAUCUAUAAACGUCGUUUGACGAUGGGAAUUACAAAUUGCGUUAUUGACGCUACUCAGCAGCUUGUUAAAUUGCAAUACGAAUACAGUCAUCCACAAAAAGCCCCAACCCUGGAACGUGAACUACUUGGUCGUGUCGCAUCACUGAUGCUUGGAUAUGGGUAUCCCUACCAUCCUGAUGCUCGCCCUUCAUCAAAAUGGUAUCUCUCGCCAAAGGUGAUCGUCAAAUUUCUUCUGGCAAACGAAGAUGCCUUUGAAUCUAUGUACAACUCGCCUGAAGAAGAAUAUGAAUGGGAAGCUUUACUUGAUCCUCGGAUGCUAGAAUCACCGUUUGUCAUGCGCAUCUGGUCCUUGAGCAAAUCUAGCAAUUUCAGCUCAGUGUCAAAUUUUCUCAAACGGCUUGAAGAUGCAACACGCGACAACGAGGAUGCAUAUAUAAUAAGGUUUCUUGCCGACGAACGUUUCAAUUGGCAGCCAGACCAGGAUAACCUGCAAAGAAGAUUAAAUGCUUUAAAAGAUGAUAUAAUCAAAUAUCGUAAAUGGCAUUAUUAUCUUGAAGCAUACAUCAAAGUUGCGGGAGUGGUCUUAAUGGGUAACGAUGACAUAAUACCUGAAAUAAAUUUUGAUGAGGAAGUUACUAACGAGCUUGAUGAAUCUGCGGAUGAGGAUGAUGAAUGA